GCUACAAAAAGUGCCAGCAUGCCUCCAAACUUGAGGCUCUCUCUCUCUCUCUCGCUGUCUCUGUGGCGUUCUCUUGUAUGCUAAAUUCAAGGCAAAGCUUUCUUUCAUUCCACUUUCUUGCGGCACGCUCUUGCUCAUUGACCGGGCCUGAAGAAGCAAUAGCAGGCGGCAAAGCCAGAGACCCACUGGUAGAGGUUCAACGUCUGCUGGCUGCCACACUCUUGGCUCAGUUUCAGUUCAGUUGUUGCACUUGACGCGUCUUGUUCUGUUCGCGCUGCGGAUCAAAGAAAACCGUGAAACCCCAACCCCGGCUCCCAAGGAGGCCAAAAUUGAGACCGAGAACCCAUUGUUGUGUGCGUGUCGGAAAGAAGUUGAUUGCCAGAAGACAAAGAUUGUCCCAUAGAGCAUGGAUUAUCGUUUACUGUUGAAAAUUCUCAGCUUUCUGCUGCUGGCCCACUUGGGUCUUGGCCAGCCGCAGCAGUCGCCUGCGACGGAUUACGGCGAGGAGCAGCCGCCCGAGGGCUACUACGCCUUUGUGGAGUCCCCGAAUGCCGUGCCACCCAGGGUCAGGCCACCGCCGUACACCUUCGUGAAUGCGGACUGCAAGGAUGUGGCGGCGGGCAAGAAGUCGGCCGUCUCCGUGCACAACAUCUGCGGGGAUCUGAACAAGGGACAGAUACCCAAGAAUCCACUCGGACAGAAUGUGCUCGGCGAGCCCUAUCCCUUCGAGCUCAUACGCAAUCAGACGUUGAAGUUCUUGUCGAAGACUCUGCCCGUGCUGAAGGCCGACGACACCUUGCCCAAGGUCACCCAGAUCAUACGCGACGAGCCCGUGGAGCAGCUGGACAACAACAACAUCGACAGGCCCUAUCCCGGCUCUGGUUCCACACGCGUUCGUCGCAGUCUGCCCGAUGGCAUAGAAUCCAAUGAGUACAGCUACUUUGAUCCCGCUCUGGACGAGGAGGACGGACACCAGCAGCAGCAGCAGCAGCAGCAGCGAGAGCAGCAACAGAAAAGAGCCGCCGAAGAGCGUAAACCACGAAAGUUCUGCGAUGGCGGUGGCGUAUUCUGCACUUUGUAUCGGGCCAUUCAGGGUGAUGGUGGCAGUGCCGCCGCUGCCACGCCCACCGCAGAGCGACGGGAGGAGGUGGGACCCAUAAGGUAUGAGGGUCCGCCCACACCCUGCCCCGCCAAGGUGGAGUAUGCCACGCCAGUGUUCGCCAAGAAUUACCAGGGCGCCUGGCGCUAUGUGGUCCAGAUACCCUACGAGGGCUACUUCACGCAGACGGUGGAGGUGACGCGCUGCAUCCAGGCCAGGUGCCACUAUCUGGAUGGUGGGUGCCUCUCCUCGCCGCGCUGGGUUAGCCUGCUGGUGGCAGAGAUCUUCUAUCCCAAUGCCGAGGACACGGUGCCCACCAGCUCGACGACCACACCGACGCCCUCCGUGCAGGACUUCCAGGCUUAUCAGCAGUACCUGCAGAAGCGGGCCGGCGUGGCCACCGCCUCCGAUGGCACCUCUUCCACGGGUCCCAAUGGCGCCGGAGCGGGUGCGGCGCCGCCGGAUGCCCACUGCGAUGGCCACGAUGAGCUGGGCUGCUUCCAGGUGCGCCUCUACUACGACUGGUUCUUGAUACCCGGCUCCUGCAAGUGCUGGCGCCCAGACUACUUUGCCAAAUACGUGCGCCGGAAGUCGGUGGCCGAUUUGUGAGAGCUCCAAGAGAGAUCUUUCGAUCCUUAGCCUAGCAUUAAGUAUACUCUUUAGCAGUUAAGCGUGAUGGAUCGAGAUGAAGUGCUCAUUCUAGUGAUCCCAGCGGAGGAUUCACUGGGAUUGCGUAGAGUCUGCAGUUCGUGGCAGAUACCAGACACACACAACUAUACUUAGGCGAUUAGCUCCCUCUUUGACUGAUUAAGCCAGGCGCAUUGAAUUUCGACUAAUAAAUAAAUAUACAAAUAUAUUUCUCCUAAAA